AUGCUCAGUGAACAAAGGAUUCAAAUUGUCCAAGGACUGAGGUAUCUGGGUCUUAUUUUUGAUGAAAAGAUGACCUGGAUACCUCACGUAAUUGAUCUGAAGCCCAGAACAUCGGUAAUUGCCAGAGGUUUGAAGAAGCUACAGGGGCAUAAAUGGGGUCUUAACCCACAUAUUCAGAAAAUUUUAUUCAAGACAGUUGUCGAAAAGAUUAUUACGUAUGCAGCAGCUGUGUGGGCAUUUUCUAUGCAGGGCUGUAAAAUUAGACAUCUGUCAGCAAUCCAGAGACCCUUUGCUCUAGACAUAACUCGUGCUUAUCGCACAACAGCCUCUAAUGCAAUCAAUGUUUUAGCGGGAUUAUUACCCCUCCACUUACGAGUUCAAAAAGAGGCUGUCAGGCAACUCAUCAAACAGUUACGGCGUCCAGCUUCCUUCUCUGAUGAAUAUUUCCUUCCAGAAGAGUAUGAAAUACCGGCUCCUGAUUUUCGUACCCAUCCACCAUUUAAAGGCAUUGGUGUUUGGAUCCAAGUUCAGCCAAAUACUACAGCUCUACCUUCUCAAAUAGAAAUUUAUACAGACGGCUCGAAAAUUAACGAAAACACAGGCAGUGCUUUUGCUGUUUUGCGGCAUCAUAUAAUUACACAUCAUUGGAAAGGUCAACUGCGCUCUCAAAAUUCAAUCUUCCAAGACAAUCUAUCGUCGUUGCAUGCUUUGGGUAAUCCUGACCAUCCAUCUCCCAUUAUACAAAACAUUCAGCAGAAUCUAAGAGAGCACUUCCUCCAUCAGCUUAAACUUGAGUGGAUCAAACCUCAUGCUGGGCAUUACGGAAACGAAACUACAGACAGUCUAGCCAAAGAAGCAGCUUCAUGCAAUGCAGAUACUCUAGUCAAUAUCCCAUGGCCUAUUUCUUAUCUCAAGAAAUGCCUGAGAUUGAAGGCCAUUGGACGAUGGCAAGAGGAAUGGGACCAAGGCUCAAACGGUCGACGAGCGCAGUAUCACAUAGCGUAUGUUGACACUGACCGUAUCAUUUCCAACCCUCAGCUCGUUCGAUUUAUCACUGGCCAUGGUCCAUUUCGGCAAUAUUUUGCAAAAACGGAGGCUGAGUUCCACAGCAACAGAACUCAGUCUGCUGCGGAGAUAUUGGAUCCCCAGAGCAUUACCUGA